AUGAAGUGCAUCAUUGCUGUCGCUACCGUGCUGCUGCUGGCCGUCGGAGCCGCUCAGGCUGACUACGCCGCCAAGGGUUACGGCAAACACGGCGGACAUCACGUGCCGUGCGGAUCGAACCUGCUGUUCAGCUGCGCUCCCAACGUUGCGCACGUGCCCUGCGUCCCUGCCCACGGACACGACCAUCAUGCUCCGGCGCCGGCCUACCACGCACCCGCUCACCACGCGCCCGCCCAUCAUGCCCCGGCCCCGGCUUACCACGCUCCGGCCCAUCACGCUCCGGCCCCGGCUUACCACGCACCGGCACCGGCCUACCACGCACCGGCCCACAAGUACUAA